AACUGUGAACGAAUACUACCUUCGGCCAUACUAUCACGCCGUGUGCUACUUCAGCGGGUGUUUGACAUACCUUGUUAUGCAAGACUUCAGGCAGCGAAAAAUUAGCAAGACCGUUCAGGUGACCGGCUGGUGCGUGUAUGCGAGCUGCGCCUUGCUCUGCAUUUUCAUGAAGCUCGCCUGGUACCGAAGCCCCGACCCCACGUCGGAAGCAGUAAAGCUACUCGCAGCAUUUUUUGAUCGGAUCCUGUGGGCGGUGUCCCUCAUUUGGAUCACAUUGGCGUGCGCUUCUGGACGAGGCGGACUUGUCAGCAAGUUCCUCUCGUGCAAUGUAUUCGUGCCGCUGAGUAAGCUCUCAUUUGGAGUGUACCUGAUCCAUCUACCUUUCAUCGAACUUUACCUACAUGCCUCCAGGGAGCGCAUAUUCUGGUCAAAAUUUAAUUUGGUCACACUAUUAUUCGCGAUUCUUGCGUGGAGCUUCCUGCUGGCCUACCUGGCUUUCCUCGCAUGUGAAGCUCCAACAGGUGCUCUGGACAAAUUCAUUUUCACCAGACUUAUCGGUGGAGGCGGAAAUGCGAGGAAGCGGCAUCCAACGCAGCAAAAUUCCAGCGAUGCGAAGCCCCAGAUAAAUGUAGACCACGUUGUGUCGUCCCGAUGUUAAUUCGGCAGCCGGCCGUGUGCUCUGUGUGUCGUCAUUCUGCCACGCGGCGUCGAUUGUGGACCUUCAGAACGCUCAGUGUGCGCAUCUCGUGGCGAAAACGGUGCAAUGGUGGCUGUGAUAUUGUGCGCAAGUGAAUGCCAUGAAAAUGUGGUGGUGUCGUUUGAAUUGGUGAA